CUCCUGCCCUCCUUGCUGUCCUCAGUGUCCAGCGUGGCCCUCGGAGUAGGCUUCUUCGCACCUCACGUCUACCAUGUCAAUGAGUUAUCGCACUUUGGGGACCUAGUUCCGAUGCUGCUAGCGGCGGGUGUGCUAGCAUGCACGUGGGCUGUUUCCUACGUGCUGAGGACCCUCGACGCCGUGCGCCGGCCCCGACACCUCUUCAUGCCUUACGAGAACGUCCUUCUGGGCUUCGGAGGCUGGUGUGCCGGCUUCGCGGACCAGAGGCGACUUUUGUCCUUCUGCGCGGACGGCGCCCUACCCGAGGGACUGGAAGUUCACGUAGAGAAAGGAAAAAAGAGCCGUGUGUAUGUGUGUACCACCAUGUACCGUGAGGCCGACUACGAGAUGGAGCGCUUGUUGCUGAGCCUGCAAGGUCUGUCAGCUGGUGAAAGUCUCCAGCACGUGUACCUGGAGGCGCACAUCUUCAUGGACAACGGCGUCAACGGCCUCAGUCUUGGCGACUUCGCGCAGCAGCUGGUGGGGCUUCUCAUCAGCCACGUGGGUCUCAGGCCGGAGGAGGCUCGUUGCCUGGUGACGCCCUACGGUCUUCAGAUUACCUGUUUCUUUCCGGGAGGAAUGCCCCUAUUCGUUCACUUUAAGGACCCAGCCAAGGUAAAGUCAAAGAAAAGAUGGAGUCAGUGUCUGUACCUCAAUUACAUUAUGAGUUUCCGGAAGGUCAUGUGGAACCAAAACCAAGACUGCAGCGUCCACCUGGAGGUCAGCGACGACUCUAAGAUAUCCAUCGUCAGCAGCGAGUCCUUUUCCUUCAAGCCCUGUGAAUCAGUCUCCAAUGGCAGUGUCUUCUCCCAAUCGGAUAAAAGCAGAACAGCAAGCUAUCCAGUGUUGUCAGAUUUUGUCCCUGGUUACCAUGACGUUGAGAUGACGAGAACAACGAACCCGACUGCGACUAGUGACCCGAACCAGUGUCCUUCUACCAGUACUAGUCAAUCCGGCAAUGAGGAUGAAGAGAAAAGCGAAGAAAGAGGUGUCAUAAAUAUUGGAUACGUGUCCAACGAAGACACACAGUACGAAGCCACAGAAGCAAAGUCCUCUGACUCAAGCUCUCAGUUUAGAGGUCUGACCCGGAGCAACACGCUGUACGAGUUCAAGUUCGACCCAGAAGAACCAGUGGACGACGACCACACUUACAUCCUGGCCACCGAUGCAGACAUGGAUUUCAAACCGGAAGCAGUUCUCGAGCUCCUGCACAUGUGCAACAGCGACCGUCGACUUGGAGCCGCGUUGCGGCAGGACACACCCAAUAGGAAAGAGGUGUUCCAGCAUCGUCUGGCAUCAGAUCUUCGAGUAUGCCAAAGAUUUCUGGAUGAUCAAAAGCGCACAGAAUGUCAUCGGCUCCGUGAUGUGCUGUCCGGGCUGCUUCAGUCUCUACCGCGCCAGCGCCAUCAGACAAGUGAUGGACAAAUACGCCACACCUACCAUGACCCCCUUUACAGUAUAUGUCAAGGACACAGGCGAGGACAGAUGGAUGGCGACUUUGAUGAUGAUCAACGGCUGGCGUCUGCGGUACUCGGCCUUUGCCGAUAAUACAACAUACUGUCCGGACACCUUCCAGGAGUUUUUCAAACAGCGGCGCCGCUGGAUCCUGUCCGACAUUGCCAACGCCAUCCUUGUCGUCCAGAACCUCUUCAAGCUACCUGCGCAAUAACGAGUGCUUCACCUUGGUGUACAUCGUGUACCUGGUGAACAUGUUUGUCAACAACGUCAUCACACCUGGCACCGCCAUCGUCAUGAUUACAGCUGGUUUGGAGCUGGUCUUUGAUGUCCCCUACAUCUACACACUCCCCCCCUGGCCGCGGUCGUGUACGCAUACGCAUUGCUGUGCACACGUGCAAGUGGUCACGUGCAGACGGUCGUGACUUCGGCCUUGACAGUUGUCUUGGGGUCAGUCUUUUGCUCCAUUGCCAUCUGGGGCUCCUACAAAAUUGUGGCGUCCAUGAUCAUGGAGCUCAUGUCGGAUCAGUUCCAGCUGCAGCAACACUACAUUAUCUUAUGCUGACCAUCAGUCUUCUGUACGCCGCUGUCAUCCAUCCGAGGGAGUGCCAUCAAAUCGCCUACGGUCUGGCCUACCUCUUCAUUUUCCCGGCAAUGCACCUUUUGCUGCCCAUCUACAGUGUCGCCAACAUCAUAGAUCAGAGCUGGGGCACCAGAGACUCGCAAACUGCCAAGAUUCCCAAGCUGAAAUGCAUGCCGAGCUUUAAGAAGUUAAUGAAGUUGAGAAAGUCUAAAACCAAAAGUCAGCUUAAUGCCGGAGAAGACAACAGCUUUGACAUCCAGACCAUGGUGUCUUCCAUUGCUCGCUCCAUGUCUGAUGGAAGUCCGCAUGAAAAAAAGGAAUUUGAAUUCUGGGAAAGCUUGCGAACGAGACUUCUUGGCAAUGACGUGAACACGGGUCUGGAGAAGGCCGAACUGGCCGAGAGACUGCGGCGACUGAGAAACCGCUCCCUUACGGGCCUAAUGGUCAUCAACGCCCUGUGGCUGGCCCUCCUGUCCUACUUCUACGUGGGCGUGGAGUCCCCAUGUCGCGCCUCAACCUGUACGGCGUCAUCAGUGGGGCCCUGUACGGGUUCACGUUGUUUAUUCAAGUCAUCGGCAUGACCAUCUGCCGCGUCAACUACUUGCUUCGACUGCUCGCCAGGUACCUUUACGGUGACAAAGUCUCCAUGUGGGUUAGCACUAAAGAUAGAACUAUCUGAAAUGCUGAAAUGAAGAACAACAAGAAUGGACCAGUGGCGUAGGAAGAUGUUCGGCGUUGGGGGG